AUGGCUUUGUCACUUGCUGGAGUUGCCGCCGGCGGGGCUGCGCUCGCAGCUUACCUCGAUGCUCGCUAUCAUAUCCGCCACGACCUUCGCGAUGGCAACAGAAAGGCCAGACUGGAAGCAACGAUGGCAAGGGUCAUGGAAAAGUUUCAGCAGAACAAGCUGCUGAUCUACCAUAUCCUGGAAGAUCGUGCAGGCACCCAGGAGGGAGAUCUGGUUUUCUUGAUCUUCGAAGACAGGCAAUGGACCUACACGGAAUUCUUCAACGCCCUGCAGCCCAUUGGCAACUGGCUGCUUAAGGACCUGGGGGUCAAGAAAGGCGAGAUGGUGGCCCUCGAUGGAGGCAACUCACCGGAGUGGAUACUGCUUUGGCUCGCCCUGGAGGGCAUCGGGGCUGUACCAGCUUUUAUCAACUGCAACCUGACAGCCCAGUCGCUGCAGCAUUCCGUCGAACUGAGCAAAGCCAGGUAUCUGCUCGCUGACAGUGAUAUCAGCCACCUGGUUUCACCGAUAGAGGCAGGUCUGAAUGAAUCAGGGAUCAAAACGUUAUAUUACUCACCCCAGUUCCUCGCAUCAUUUCAAGACCGCGAGCCGUUGCCAGCGUCGCGCCGGGAGAACAUCAGCCCGCUGGAUGUGUCCUGCUUGAUCUACACCAGCGGAACGACAGGCAUGCCCAAAGGCACGAUUAUGAGCCGUGCGCGUGAGCUAUCAUUGGCUAUGACAGGUACUCGACACGAAAUGGUCUUGAAGCCAGGUGAUAGGAUGUAUACCUGCCUCCCUCUCUUUCAUGGAUCGGCUCAUGGCCUCUGUGUAAUACCAAGCAUAGGAAGCGCCUCGACAGUUAUUCUGUCCCGCAAAUUCUCACACAGGACCUUCUGGCCUGAGGUGCACCAGCACCAAGCCACCCACAUCCAGUACGUUGGCGAGCUGUGUCGUUACCUGGUCAACGCACCACCCUCGAAGCUCGACAAGGGGCACAAGGUCAGGGUUGCAUGGGGUAAUGGCAUGAGACCAGAUGUUUGGGAAGAGUUCCGACAGAGGUUCGACAUUGAGUGCGUCCACGAAUUGUAUGCGGCAACAGACGGUUUGGGCUUCAGCACGAACCCGAACCGAGGUGAUUUCUCACGCAAUGCGAUUGGUGUACGGGGAAAACUAUGGCACUGGUGGAACGGCGACAGGGAGAAGCGAAUUAUAAUCGACCCGGACACUCAGGAAGUUGUGCGCGGCCAGGACGGGUUCGCCAUCGAGGCCAAGGCGGGUGAGGCUGGUGAAGCAAUUGCCAGGCUGGACCCAGCUGCCCCUGAUCAAGGCACGCCUACAUAUUUCGCCAACCACGGGGCAUCACUGAAGCGGCGGCUGCCCGACGUCUUCGAGAAGGGCGACUUGUGGUUUCGAUCUGGCGAUCUGAUGCGCCUGGAUGCCGAUGGCCGCUUGUUCUUCGUCGAUCGCCUGGGUGACACUUUCCGAUGGAAGUCUGAGAACGUAUCGACCAACGAAGUCGGCGACGUGGUAGGCGCAUUCCCGCAGAUCGCCGAAGCUAACGUCUACGGCGUGCUGGCUCCCAAGUCCGACGGACGCGCUGGAUGUGCAGCUAUCGUCCCAAUGGAAGGUGUGGUCACCAACCCGGGGGAAACAGCUGGUGUCUCGUUCGACUUUAAGGGUCUGGCUGAGCACUGCCUUACUAAACUUCCACGGUACGCAGUACCCAUAUUCGUGAGGGUGGUCCGCCAGCUGGAGUACACUGGCACAAUGAAGCUCCAGAAAGGCCGGCUGAGGUCCGAGGGGGUCGACCUCGAGAAGAUCGAGGAGUCAGCGAAGAGCAAGGGAGAAGCUGUCGAUACCGUUUACUGGCUUCCGCCUGGAACUAGAGAGUACGUUCCGUUCAGGAACAAGGAUCUCCAGGAAUUGAAGGGCGGCACUGUGAGACUGUGA